UUCCGAAGAUGACGUCGGAGCGUUCUCGAAUCCCGUGUCUCUCGGCUGCUGCUGCCGAAGGAACAGGGAAAAAGCAACAAGAAGGAAGAGCAAUGGCGACACUGGAUCGCAAAGUGCCCAGUCCGGAGGCGUUUCUGGGCAAACCCUGGUCCUCCUGGAUCGACGCCGCCAAAUUACACUGCUCCGACAAUGUAGAUUUAGAAGAGGCUGGAAAAGAGGGUGGAAAAAGCAGGGAGGUUAUGAGGCUUAAUAAAGAAGAUAUGCACUUGUUCGGCCACUACCCAGCACACGACGACUUCUACCUCGUGGUGUGCAGCGCCUGUAACCAGGUCGUCAAGCCGCAGGUCUUCCAGUCCCACUGCGAGAGAAGACACGGUUCAAUGUGUAGACCUUCUCCAUCUCCGGCGUCUCCACCCUCCAAUUCCAGGACAUCACUAGUACAGGUGAAAACGAAAACCUGUCUCAGCGGCCAUAACUCUGCCAGCAGCUCCUCAAAGCCAUUCAAAACGCCCAAAGACAAUCUACUUACCUCCAGCAGCAAACAGCACACAAUCUUUUCAGCGAAGGGAUCAAGGGACAAACCAUGUGUUCCGGUUCCCGUAGUCAGUUUAGAGAAAAUUCCUAACCUAGUGAAGGCAGAUGGUGCCAAUGUCAAAAUGAACUCUACAGCCACUCCUGCGGUCCCCUCCUGCUCCACCUCAUCCUCUGCUGUCUCCACCCCACCUGUCAUUAAGCCGGUCUUGAUGUCCAAGUCAGUGCCACCUUCCCCAGAGAAGAUCUUAAAUGGCAAAGGAAUUUUGUCUACCACCAUAGACAAGAAACACCAAAACGGCACCAAAAACAACAACAAGCCUUACAGGAGACUUUCAGAGAGAGAAUUUGACCCAAAUAAACACUGUGGAGUAUUGGAUCCCGAGACAAAGAAACCUUGCACAAGAUCCCUCACCUGCAAGACUCACUCACUAAGCCAUCGGAGGGCAGUCCCAGGCCGGAAGAAGCAAUUUGACCUCCUCCUGGCGGAACACAAAGCCAAGUCCCGGGAAAAAGAAGUUAAAGAUAAAGAGCAUCUCCUGACUUCGGCAAGGGAAGUACUUCCCAAUCCCCCCGGGCCGGCGCAGGACUCACUGCCGGGACCUUCAGGGAGCUCGGGCCCAGAACCUAAAGUCGCGUCCCCUGCAAAAUCCAGGCCACCCAACUCUGUGCUUCCUAGACCAUCAUCUGCAAAUAGCAUAAGCAGCAGCACGUCUUCAAAUCACAGUGGCUACACUCCGGAACCCCCUCUGCCCCCAGUUGGAGGUGACCUCGCCAGCCGACUGUCAAGUGAUGAAGGGGAGAUGGACGGAACCGAUGAAUCCGAGAAGUUAUUAGACUGUCACUUCUCCACCCACCACCCCAGACCUCUUGCGUUUUGCUCAUUUGGGAGUCGCCUCAUGGGACGAGGGUACUAUGUGUUUGAUAGAAGAUGGGAUCGUUUUCGAUUCGCACUAAACUCCAUGGUAGAAAAACACUUGAAUUCACAGAUGUGGAAGCACAGAAACCCGAGCCACAGGGCAUCAGGUCCCUCCCCCCUUUUCAGGACUUGCCUAACAAAUCUGCUGUCACUGAGCAACAUUGGGGCUGCCUGGGUGUCAACUCUGGAGAGCGUAGCACCCCGCUGCCCUCUCAACCUCGCUGCCCAAACCCCAGGCCCCGACGGGCCCGAACCUGGAGGGAUGGCAGCCGAUGGGGGCGUGGAAGACAUUAGGAAGAAAAGGAACGGCCAAGACUCUUUUUUCUUUAACAAGCAUUUAACUCUGCAUCAGGAGACGCCAACACAGUAUUCUCUUUCAGCCAGGAAGAUCCCUCCUGCGGCAGAUAGCCCCAUGCCCUCGCCAGCAGCCCACCUCACCACCCCUGUUCCAGCAUCCGUUUUACAGCCUUUCAGCAACCCCAGUGCUGUGUAUCUUCCUUCAGCUCCCAUCAGCUCGAGACUCACCUCUUCUUACAUAAUGACAUCAGCCAUGCUCUCAAAUGCAGCUUUUGUGACAUCGCCGGACCCGAGCGCCCUCAUGUCACACACCACAGCUUUCCCUCAUGUGGCCGCAACCCUCAGCAUCAUGGACUCAACCUUCAAGGCCCCACCUGCCGUGUCCCCGAUACCAGCCGUCAUCGCUUCCCCAUCCCACAAGCCAUCCAAAACCAAAACCAGCAAAUCCUCAAAAGUCAAAGACCUGUCCGCCCGUAGCGACGAGUCUCCAAGUAACAAAAAGAGGAAGCCGCAGUCUUCGACUUCCUCAUCUUCCUCCUCAUUACCCCUGCAGACAUCCCUCGCCUCCCCAUUGUCAGGGCCCCACAAAAAGAACUGUGUUUUGAAUGCCAGUUCUGCUUUGAACUCCUAUCAGGCGGCCCCUCCCUAUAACAGUCUGUCUGUGCACAACUCAAACAAUGGGGUGAGCCCACUCAGUGCCAAACUGGAGCCCUCAGGACGGACCUCGCUGCCUGGCGGCCCCACGGACCUAGUGAGACACGUGGGCUCUGGGGGCGGCAGCAGUGACUCCUGUCCCCUCUCUGUGCCCACCCUUGCAGGGGACCUCUCUCUGGCCUCACACAAUGCUGUGUCUUCUCUGCCCCUCUCUUUUGACAAAUCAGAAGGAAAAAAGCGUAAGAACUCAAGUUCUAGUAGCAAAGCCUGUAAAAUCACUAAAAUGCCUGGAAUGAAUAGCGUUCACAGAAAGAACCCGCCCAGCCUUCUUGCUCCGGUGCCCGAUCCCGUUAACAGCACCUCCUCUCGGCAGGUUGGGAAAAACAGCAGCCUAGCUUUGUCACAAUCCAGUCCUUCAAGCAUAUCCAGCCCAGGACACAGCCGACCGAAGAACACAAACAGAACGGGCAGGAUAAGGACUCUUCCAUAACAAGACUCUGAAGCCAAUUCCAAACCAAUGCCUGGCCACGGGACCCCACCCCAGCCAGAAGAGGGAGGGGAGUGGGCAGUGGGGGAGAGGCUGUUUCCUGUGCCCUACCUGUGGCUCUGGCCUUUCUUCUUUUUUUAAUUGACCAAUUUUUAGUUUGGGGGCAAAAAGAAAAAGGCAAAAGAACGUGAAUUUGAGAUUUACAGAA